CACUCUCUAUACAUUUCUAUUUGGUAAUAAGAUGGAGACAAAAAUGGUUGUGGAGAAGGCGGAUAAAACGCUAUUUGAGGGUGAUAGUGGUGGAUUAUACGCUUGGUCAAACUCAAAAACACCAUUGUUAAGUGACUUAAAAGUGGGUGCUGGAAAACUUCUUCUCCACCCUUUUGGCUUUUUUCUUCCUCACUAUGGCGAUUCCAACAAAAUUUGCUUCGUUCUCGAAGGUACCGUUACUGUUGGGUUGGUGACGCCCAAUAGUCCAGAAGAAAAGGUUUUGUUGAUAAAAAAAGGGGAUGCAGUUCCAGUUUCAAUGGGAGUGGUUUCAUGGUGGUUUAACGGUGGCGACAGCGAUGCAGUCAUUUUAUUAUUGGGUGACAGCAGCAAAUCCCUAGUCCCUGGCCAAUUCACAUACUACUUUGGGGUCGGACCUCUGGGACUUCUUGCUGGAUUUCAAUCCGAUUAUGUUGGUAAAACCUUUGGUCUGGACCAAAAGGAAUCAGAAAAUAUUGUAAACAGCCAACAAGGUGACGUGCUUGUUCAACUUGAUCAAGGAAUCAAAUUUCCAGCACCAAGUAAUCACACCAAGGGUAAGUUAUAUGCCAACGUUGAAGAUCCAUCAGGUGCGGCGGUUGUUGUAAAAGGUGGGGGGUAUAUCAAUUACUUGACUGAAAAGAAGUUGCCAAUGCUUAGUGAGAUUGGUCUAAGUGCAAAGUUUUUGAAGCUGGAGGGCAAUGCUAUGUCAGCACUAGAUUAUGUAGCUGAUGGAUCAGUGGCGAUAUGUUAUAUCGCUAAAGGAAGUGGUCGGGUUAAGGUUGUGGGUAGUGAAGGAAAGCCUGCAUUAAGGUGAUUUGUUCAUUGUUCCUCCGUUCUUUGCUACUUCGGGUAUUGCAGAUGAUUGUGGAGCAGAACUUUUCGCUGUGGUAACUUCUUCAAAACCUGUUUUAGGACAACUAGCUGGACAUACAUCACUAUGGAACGCAUUGUCUCCGGUGGUUUUACAGGCGGCUUUAAAUGUUACUCCAGAAACCGAACAAAUUUUCAAGUCGAAGAAUUCGGAAAGCAUCAUAAUUGUCCCUCCAAGUACAUAAGUUUUCAGGGGCGCGAACAACUGCUAAAUAAAACCUUCCUUGUAGUUGUGUUUUUUUUAUGUUGUGAAUGUUCAAUAAGUUGGGAAGGUGGUGCUUUCGUAACUUCAAUGUUUACAUAACUUGUUUGUAAACAUUUCAAAUAAAACCUACUACAUGUCAUAUAACUUCUAGUUUGUUUUUGUCUCAUGAUAAAAUGAGUUCGGUUGGCAAUAA